AUGGCAGAAAAUAUUAUAGCUAACAGUGUUGAAACAGGCAUCGGUCGCCGGCAAAGUAUACCGAUUAUUUAUACAAAAGGCACUCAUUAUGAAGUGGGAUUCAAUGUUGUUUUCUCAUUAACGAUAUUGCGUAAUUUUAACAAUACAAACAAAAGUGGGGGUUAUCAUCAUAAAGGUACAGAAAAGAACAGGAGUUUGUCAGAUAUCGUUUGGCGGUCAAGUUUGUUUUUUAUCGUUAAAAUGCCCGGUACAGAAUCAAUCGGUCGCAGGCAAUAUAUUCCGGUUAUCUAUACGAGGGGAACUCACUAUGAAGUUGGAUAUGAUGUCGGUAGAACAUUUUCCGGGCUAAUUCACAGCUUCCUAAAUGGAAACAAAACCGUUGACGAAGAAUUACUACCAGCUUAUAACACAGCCGAAGGAAAACGAGCCUACGACGAUACAUUAAAAUCAGUCAAAAAGAAUUUUCCUCAAUAUAUCAGAGAAUUAGAAGGAGUAGCCGAUGGAGCGAACGUGCCAUUUUACAAACUCUUUUUAUUACACAUGGACGAUAUAAUGCCAUCGCCUUCUCAACCACAAACGAUUCAUUUACAACCUGUAGGAUGUUCAUCAAUUUGCGUAAAUCAAAAAGACCAGGAAAUAUUAGGUCACACCGAGGACGCGCUGGCGGAUACUCUAAACCACAUUUACUUCGUAUCUGCUCACAUUCUACCCGAAAAACACGACGGAAAAUGGAAAUUCAAGGAAGAAAAAUUCACAUCGCUUUGUUACGCAGGCCAUCUACCAGGCUACACCAUGAGCUACAAUCACCACGGGCUCAUAUUCUCCAUAAAUACAUUGAGCGUUAAACGCACGCUUCCCGGGAAAUCCCCGAGGAUGUUCAUAACUAGAGCCCUUCUGGGGGCGGAAAAUUUCGUCAAGGCCCAGGAGAUUUUGCGGGACGCCGGUUGCGGCGCCGGAAACGGAUGUUCUGUCAACAUGACGUUCCUAAAUCAAGAAGGCGAUCGCAUGUUUCACAAUGCGGAAAUGGCGCCUUCGGAUAAAAACGAAUCGCAAUUGAACGUGUUCACUGCCAGUCCUGGAGAAUGCAUCAUUCACACCAACAAGUACUUGCGGAUAAAGAUUGAAGAGACUAACGAGGAAAUGUCGAAGAGUAGCGUUAAUCGCAUGGCGACGUUCAAGAAUAAUUACUCGGAGCCGAAAAGUAAAAAAGAUGUGGUAAAAAUGUUGAGCGACCAUUCGAACGAUAAAUAUCCAGUGUUCAGAGACGGGCCGGAUGAUUUCGUUAAAACUGUAGCCGUAGGUAUUUUCGAUUGUAAAGAAAAAACGUGGAGCCUUUACUCAGACAAUCCCCAAAACAAUGAGCCUCUAGUUGUGUUGCCUUUGGUAUUAAAAAAUAAA